AUUUCAUGAUGGGUAGGCUCCUGGGUUGAACCUCUGACCUUCCAUAAGCCUGCUGCAUGGCUUCCUCACAUGCAGAAUUAUACACUCUAAGAGAGGAUCUGACCAACAUCAGUGCAGGGCAAAAAAUUUGAAGACAGAGACCUUAACCACUCCGUGGUGGAGUCCCUGCAAAUAAUAUAAAGUACACUCAAUGACAGCUUUUUUGGAUUUCAUACAAGUACUUAAACAUUUCAAAGGGAUUAUACAGACGUUGGUCAAAUGUAUACUUUUGACAACAGAUAAGGGGACAAAUUAAAUCCUGAAUAAGACCCAUUAUUUCUGAUUAGCAAAUAAUGGUUUUUAUUUUUGCGCACGAAGCGUCGUGCGUACUCAUGGUUACUGGUGGUGUAAUUCAUUCGGAUGUAUUCGUAUAUUGAUAGUGCAAACUUCCGUUUCCGAUUUCUUUCAAUCUCGUGCUAUCCAACGGACAACAUCGCUUUUCAAAGUUAUAAAAAUAUCUAAGUAAAUCUACGUUAUAUACCACCCUUCUUGAUAUAGAAUCAUGCCGGGCAGAGGCAAAGGCGUGAAGAGGAAAACACGAGCAGCAGAUUCUGAAAAUUCUAGAUUGCUACAGCCAGAUCCAGAUAUCUGGAUUAUUGGUGACUCGCUGCCUUAUUGGGCUGGCGUGAGAGCCCAGCAGUUAAGUACCCCAGACCUGAAGGCACCUGCGGGUAUCAGGAUUGGCUGGUGGGGCAUACGGGGGAUGUCCUGGGAAGACUUUCGCCAUUCGAUAGAAGUAAAUGUCUUGCUAGGUAAACCUCCUAAAAUGAUUCUUAUACAUUUAGGUGGUAAUGACAUAACCAAAAUGCCUGUAUCAGAAUUAAGAGGGAUAAUUCAAUGUGAGGUCACAUAUCUAAGGGAGGCUAUGCCUGAUUCCAAACUAAUUUGGGUAAAUAUUUUACAACGCCUGUCAUGGAGAACCGACAAAUACGGAAUUCAGGAAAUUGAGUCAAUCAGAAAGCGAAUUAAUCGCUGGGGUAGGCAGCAGGUCAGUCUUCAUCCGCAGCAUGACAUUGUGUCCAUUGAUAUUGACUAUAAAACACCAGGCUUCUUCAGAGACGAUGGGGUUCAUUUGUCAGACGUAGGACUCGCCUUUUACUUGGAUGCUGUUAAUGAUGCCAUUAUAAAGAACCUAUAAAUACUUUGGUCCGUGUUAGUCAUAAUCAAUAAAAAGUCAUAAUUGAUUUCAUAUUCGUUAGUUAAUUGAAUUAGAAUUUUUGGGGGAAUAAAUUUUACAAAUUUAUCGUGGCGGCAAAAAUUCAAUUGGUUGUGCGGGGCGUGCGGGCGAGCGCACGUUGGAAUCAUUUUCCAUAAUUUUAUACGUUAUUUCGUUAUGUAAA